AUGCCUCCAAAUAUCAAGACAAUUUGUGCAGGUUGCUUUUGUGAAGAUUCAAAUUUAGAUUCAAUAACUUUACCAGAUACUGUGGAGACAAUUGAUGCAUUUAGCUGGGAAGAUGGUUCUGUCUUCUAUUCAGCUUUAAAAGAAAUCAUUAUUAAACGAACAUCAAAUCUAAAGAGAAUUCUUGAUGCCGCCUUUGAAAGCUCCAUGAUCACUUAUAUUUUCAUUCCACAAUACUUAACAUCAUUAGAUGCUGGUUCAUUCUUAAGAUGCAGACAAUUGUCAAGAAUUGAAAUUGAUGAAAACAACCCAGUAUAUCAAUCAGAAGGUUUAGUAAUCUUUUCAGAUAAUAAAGCAACGAUAUAUUGUGUUUCACCAAAUUUAACAGAUACUUUUGUCAUUCCAUCAACAAUAACCAAGCUUUCAGCGUCAUGCUUUCGUGGAGUGCCAAUAACAAAUAUCAUUCUACCUUCAACUCCAAUAUCUUUUUCGAGAUAUUGCUUAGGCGAAACCAAAAUAACAAAUUUCACGUUCCCAGAAACAUCAACUGCAGUAGAAGAAAAUAUGUUUUCCAACAAUAUAUAUUUAAAAUCAGUUGUUUUGGAUGAUAAUAUUGUUACAAUAUGUGCUUCUGCUUUUUCGCAAUGUGAAAAUUUAGAGAACAUUAAUCUUCCUCCAAAAUUGACAACAAUAUUGAAUUCUGCUUUCUUAUAUUGUUAUAGUUUGAAGCAAUUAACAUUCCCUGCAUCUCUAACAACUUUGGGAGAAUCUGUAUUCGGAAAUUGUAUUCUUAAAAUAAAUACAUCACAAAAUACUCACUUUUUAUCUGUAGAUGAUAUGUUAUUUUCAAAAGAAAAUACAUUACUAACUGAUUAUUUUGGCCAAGAUCCUGAAGCUUCCUUGAAAAUUCAUUCUCAAUGCACUAUCAUUGGAACAGGAACAUUUUCAGGGAAAAAAUUGAAGAAACUGACAUUUGAUGGGAAUUCAUUGACAGAAAUCAGAGAAAGUGCAUUUUCAAGUUCAACAUUAGUUGAGAUAACAUUGCCGAGCAGCUUGACAACACUUGGUUAUAAAUGUUUUGAUUCAUGCUAUAAACUAACAACCGUAACAUUCAUGGGAAACAAAAUCACAUAUAUUCCAAAUUAUUGUUUCAGCAAUUGUUUUAUGCUAAGUGAAUUUCAAUUGCCAUCAUCAAUAACUACCAUUGGGGAUUAUGCAUUCAGUAGUUGCUUCGGCAUCAGUGAUGUUGGAUUCCAAAAUACAGAAAUAAGUAUUCUCGGAAUGUAUAGUUUCACAAUGAGUGGACUUAGCGCAUUUGAUGUUUCUCAUUCUCUUUCAAAAGUUGGAUUUGGAUGUUUCGAAUCAAGCUUAUUAAAUCACGUCGAAAUUUCUGUUGAAAGUAUUCCAGAACUUUGUUUCAACAACUGCACAUUGUUGAAUUAUCUAGCAUUGAAUGAUGGUAUUUCUUCUAUUGAUGAUAAAUCAUUUAUGGAUUGUAUCGGUCUCACAUCGCUCACAAUUCCGAGCACAGUUGAAACAAUUCGUUCAUUUGCUUUCAAAGGCUGUACAUCGUUGUCUAUGAUUACUCUGAGUUCAGGCAGCAGACUUCGAAAUAUCUAUGGUGGUGCAUUUUUCGACUGCGACAAUCUUAACACAGUAAAAUCGAACAGUGAGAACCAUACUUACAACAAUGGAGCGUUGACUGAUGUCAAUGAGACAAUUCUGAUCACAUUUUUCCCAUCAAUUAGAAUUACAACAUUUAUUGUUCCUGUUUCAAUGAAGUCAAUCGGAAACUAUGCUUUCAUGGGAAGCAAGUAUUUGACUCGAGUUCUCUUCUAUGGUGAUCGGCUCAUAGAUAUUGGAUAUAUGUCAUUCACGAAUUGCACAAGUCUUUCUUUCUUAUAUAUUCCUUCAUCAAAUCUUGCUACUAUUUGGAAGGAUGCGUUCACUGGUUGUACAAAACUUCGGAACUGUGGUUCUAUUCAAUGCAUGAAAACCAAGCGAAGUAAGUUUACAGAACGUGGCAUCCCAGAUAUUGCCUUUGUUGAGAUUUGCCCAGAAAAAGAAGCAUCAUGCAAGCAGAAUAGUUUUUCAUCAUUACCAGGUAUAUCUAGUAUUGCUGUUUUUAUUUUAAUUUAA